CAGUCGAAAAUCAUUCAGUAAAUGAACUGUCAUAAGUAUUGUUGAUCAACAAAUCUGCUGUUGAUGUUGUGUACAGGAAAAAGGAAUUAAAAGACAUACAAAAUACGAGAAUUAACAACUUACAAGCAAUUGACAUGGAAAAUCGAAAUUCCACUACUCAGAGUCCUUCGACCAUUCUAUCGACUUCGAUUCGAGACAAAAUUGUAGAUUUUGAUAACCUGCGUGAAAAUGUAACCGGAAAACUGAGUCUUGAAAACUGGAUGGUCCUGCCAUCGCAUCGAAGUUUGCACAUUUUCAGUUUAAACAAAAUGCUGAAUGGAAAUCUGUCGAUACGGAACACAAUUUUCAUUGAUAUUGAUCUGGUAGUGAAAGUGUUCGGUGAGAACGAUGACACGCUCUUUAGUUUGAAACUACACAGCUGGCCACAGUUGCAAACUUUGAUCGAACAGUGCGGCGUCCAAGUUAAACGUGAAGUUGAGUUGGAAUUCGCUGACGUUGUGAGUAAAACAGAGAACUCAGAGACGAAUAGUUGUGAAAAGGACACGCUAGCAGUUGAAUAUUGUAGCAUAGUUACCAAACCAGAAGUAAGAGAAGAAGCGAUCACUGACUUCCAUCAACCAUUGACUGAGCUCAUAGAAAAUCCGAUAACAGAAAUGGGAUACAACAACCCUUUCGUGUCGCAGAAUUCUUUCAUACACGAAGCUCCUCUCAUUUAUCCUCAAUAUGGUGACCAAAACGAUGAACUCGUGGUGUACGAGAUAAGGGGAACAGGCACGCACCAAUUGCAGACUUGUUCAAUUUGCAAUGAAAGCUACGUUGUUGGCGAAACGGAUCGACACAUGCGGAAGCACUUCAAUGGUCAACAUUAUCAGUGUUAUGUCUGUGGUCAGGAAUAUCAAAGCUUGAUUUGUCUACAAAAACACGCGAAAUCGAAACACAUUUCUUCAAUAGACGAAUUCUUCUGCGAUAUAUGCAAGAAUGCGGAUUGCUUCCAAACCAAAGCAAGCAUUAAGGAACAUAUGAAGAAUAGACACUGCGGACCAUUGAAAAACGAUUUGAAGUGUUCUACUUGUGGCAAAGAGUUUAUCACGCGAAGCAAACUCAAAGCUCAUGUGAAAGGACACGAAAGACGCCAUUGGAAAAAGUGCCCGAUUUGCAAUAAGAGUUUCGGAAGUCUGACUAGGCAUAUGAACGGAACGCACCUUAAGAUCAGAAACCACAUCUGUGAUACCUGCGGUUCUGCAUUCACUCAGUGGACAUCUUUGAAGGAGCACAUUGAAACCAAACACAUGCAGAUAUACAGACGUAAAAACGAAACCCCCUCGAAUUGGCCCUGUGAAAAGUGUGGCAAGAUAUUUGCUUUUCGAAGAUUAUUGAACAUGCACGUGCUACUACAUUCUGGAAAGUCGUAUGUUUGCAAUGAAUGUGGUCAAUCCUUUAAACAUCCAAAAUACCUGGCGAGGCAUAGCAAACAGCAUAAGGAGAUUGUUAAGCUAAGGUGUACAAUGUGCGAAAAGGAAUACGUUCAAAAGGUCGGUUUACGACUGCACAUGAAAAAGAUACAUGGCAUUGAAAUUGAUACCACUCAGAAGCAAUUGUAAUCGAAACUGUUUAAUAAAUUCAGUAAA